GUACUCGCAGCGCUCGCAGCUGCUGGCGGUCUGCGCCCUGGGCCAGGCCGUAGUGUCCGUGUUGCCCGCCUCCUGCCUACGUUCAGGGCUCUACCAGAGGAGGGCGGGCACCUGCAGCCCGUGGGACAGCCCCUCCCUGAGUGCCCUCCCUGCCCCCCACCCGCCCCGCGCAGGACCCACGUGCGUCCAGGUGCGUGGCAGGAUGGACGCGGCCUGUGACCUGCGGUGCAGGACGGUGGCCAGCCCCCUGGGGCCCAUCGAGGUGUCUGCGUGUGAGCAGGGUCUGCACAGCAUCCGGCUGCUCGGCGGGAAGACGCCCGACGCCAGCCCCACGGAGGCCCCUGCCGCUCCUGAUUCGCCCGGCAGCCCUGCAGAGACAGCGGGUCCCCUGGCGCAGGGCGCGGCCUGGCUGCGUGCCUACUUCCAGCAUCCUGCCGCCCUCCCGGAGCUCCCCGUGCCUGCCCUGCACCACCCCAUCUUCCUGCAAGACUCGUUCACCAGACAGGUGCUGUGCAAGCUGCUGAAGGCCGUGGACUUCGGAGAAGUGGUGUCCUACCAGCAGCUGGCAGCCCUGGCGGGCAGCCCCAGAGCCGCGCGGGCCGUGGGUGGGGCGAUGAGAAGCAACCCCGUCCCCAUCCUCGUCCCAUGCCACCGAGUGAUCUGUAGCAGCGGAGCCCUGGGCAACUACUCCUCCGGGGGCCGGGCCGUGAAGGAGUGGCUUCUGAGCCACGAAGGCAGCUGGCGGGGGCAGCGGCCCCGGCAGGGGGCUCCCGUCCAGCCAGAACCUGGCACGGGGCCCCAGGGGGCGCCAGCAGCGCCCAGCCCUCCCGCUGAACCUCCGUCUUGGCGGGGGGAGUGACGUGGGUGCCACAGAAGUGCCAGGGCCGUCAGCAGGGCCCGUGUGGAGGCCUCAUUAAAGGAGCAGCUGUGUCCCGUGGA